ACCGGGUCCCUGGGCUCACCUCCUUGAACGCCUUUUCCAGAAACCCGUGACCUUCCCGCCCCACCGCCACGCACACACAUCCACACACUCACACCUUUCCCCGCCGAGAGAUCCCAAACCAACAAGUCUUUCUCUCUUCCCCAGACGGAACCAGGUAGGAAGGGCGCGACGUGGGCGCCAGAGGCCCCCGGUGGCUCCCAAACCCUUCUCCGUUCAGGCCUCCUUCCCAUCCCGGCGAGGGAGCCGGGUCCGCGAGGGCCGCCUCCCUGAAGGGGCAGACGUUGGGCGGCCGAGAAGCGGGAAGAGGGUCUAAGCGGGCAGCGCGCGGGCUGUGGGCACCGGAGAGCCCGCGACUUGGGGGCAGGAAGGAAAGAGUUAAAGAUCCGGGAUUGGCUCUGCUGUCACCGUUUCUGGGAGGGGAAGCGGCCGGGAGGGAGGGUUCGGAGCUUGGCUCGGGUCCUCCCCAGUCCCCCCCGGACAGCCGGAGACUUGGGCCGGCCGGACGCCCCUUCUGGCACUCUCGCUUGGGGCAGCGCUCCCGCACUCAGGCGACACGCACUCCCCUCUCCCACCUUCUCCCCGGAGCGCCCGCGAGCGCUCGCUUUUCCUCCCCACUCACACGCACGCACACGUUCUCGCUCGCUCGGGUCCCCGGGGCUGCCGCGCUCCCCUCCGCGCGCCCACCUGCUCCGCCAGAGCCCUCCGCGCACCUCGCCUUCGCGCGCCCCGCCGGGGGGUCCGCCCGCCCUCGCGCCCGCCCAGCGCCCCCUGGAGCUCCGGGCGGCGACCGUCGCAGCUGGAGGGGUCGGCGUGCCCCGGGGUGGGCGCCACCGGGGCGCGCCCGGAGCCCGAGGGGACCGCGGAGGCCAUGGUGGGAGCGCCCGCCUGCCGCGGUGCCCGCUGAGGCCAUGCCGCACCCCGGGGGCCCCACCGGCGCCCGCCUGCGCCUGCCGCUGCUUCUGGCGCCGCUGCUGCUGCUGCUCCCGGGCAGCCACGCGGCCGUCCUGACGGUGGCCGUGGUGCUGCCGCUGGCCAACACCUCGUACCCGUGGUCGUGGGCGCGCGUGGGCCCGGCCGUGGAACUGGCCCUGGCCGGGGUGAAGGCGCGGCCCGACCUGCUGCCCGGCUGGACGGUCCGCACGGUGCUGGGCAGCAGCGAGGACGCGCGGGGCGUCUGCUCCGACACCGCCGCGCCGCUGGCCGCCGUGGACCUCAAGUUCGAGCACGAGCCGGCGGUGUUCCUGGGCCCCGGCUGCGUGUACGCCGCCGCCCCGGUGGGGCGCUUCACCGCGCACUGGCGGGUGCCGCUGCUGACGGCCGGCGCCCCGGCCCAGGGCUUCGAUUCCAAGGACGAGUACCAGCUGACCACCCGCGCCGGGCCCACCCACGCCAAGCUGGGCGACUUCGUGGCGACGCUGCACCGACGGCUGGGCUGGGAGCAGCGGGCGCUCGUGCUCUACGGCUACCGGCCGCACGACGACCAGCCCUGCUUCUUCGUCGUGGAGGGGCUGUUCUUGCGGGUCCGCGGCCUCCUCAACAUCACGGUGGAGCACAUGGAGUUCGCCGAGGGCGACCGCGACCACUACGCCAGGCUGCUGCAGACGGUGCAGCGCAAGGGCCGAGUUAUCUACAUCUGCAGCUCCCCAGAUGCCUUCCGAACCCUGAUGUUCAUGGCCGCGGAAGCCGGCCUGAGUGGAGGGGACUAUGUUUUUUUCCACCUGGACCUCUUUGGGCAAAGCCUGCAGGGUGCACACGGCCUUGCGUCCCACAGGCCUUGGGAGAGAGGGGACGGGCAGGAUGUCAGAGCCCGCCAGGCCUUCCAGGCUGCCAAAAUCAUUACCUAUAAAGAGCCGGACAACCCUGAGUACUUACAGUUCCUGCAGCAGCUGAAACAUGUGGCUCGUGAGCAGUUUAACUUCACCAUGGAGGAUGGCCUGGUGAACAUCAUCCCAGCAUCCUUCCACGACGGGCUCCUGCUCUAUAUCCAGGCAGUGACGGAGACUCUGGAACAUGGGGGAACGGUCACCGAUGGGGAGGGCAUCACACAGCGGAUGUGGAACCGGAGCUUCCAAGGUGUGACAGGAUACCUGACAAUAGACAGCAAUGGAGAUCGGGAGACCGACUUCUCCCUCUGGGAUAUGGAACCUGAGAAUGCCAGCUUCAGGGUGGUCCUGAACUACGAUGGGGCUUCCCAAGAGCUGGAGGCUGUGUCAGGGCGCAAGCUGAACUGGCCCCUGGGGUACCCGCCUCCUGACAUCCCCAAAUGCGGCUUUGACAAUGAGGACCCAGCCUGCAACCAAGCCCACUUUUCCGUCCUCGAGGCGCUGGCUUUGGUGGGCAGCCUGUCCCUGCUCAGUAUCCUCAUCGUCUCCAUCUUCAUCUACAGGAAGAUGCGGCUAGAAAAGGAGCUGGCCUCAGAGCUGUGGCGGGUGCGCUGGGAGGACCUGCAGCCCAGUAGCCUGGAGAGACACCUUCGGAGUAUGGGCAGCCGACUGACCUUGAGUGGGAGAGGCUCCAAUUACGGCUCCCUGCUCACCACAGAGGGCCAGUUGCAGGUCUUUGCCAAGACAGCGUAUUAUAAGGGCAACCUCGUGGCGGUGAAACAUGUGAACCGUAAACGCAUUGAGCUGACCAGAAAAGUCCUGUUUGAACUGAAGCAUAUGCGGGACGUGCAGAAUGACCACCUGACCAGGUUUGUGGGUGCCUGCACCGACCCCCCCAACAUCUGUAUCCUCACAGAGUACUGUCCCCGCGGGAGCCUGCAGCAGGACAUCCUGGAGAAUGAGAGCAUCACCCUGGACUGGAUGUUUCGGUAUUCCCUCACCAAUGACAUCGUCAAGGGUAUGCUGUUUCUACAUAAUGGAGCCAUUUGCUCCCAUGGGAACCUCAAGUCAUCCAACUGCGUGGUAGAUGGGCGCUUCGUGCUCAAGAUCACCGAUUACGGGCUGGAGAGCUUCCGGAACCCAGAGCCAGAGCAAGGACAUACCCUCUAUGCCAAAAAGCUGUGGACAGCCCCAGAGCUCCUUCGAAUGGCCUCGCCCCCUGCCCGGGGCUCCCAGGCUGGUGACGUGUACAGCUUUGGGAUCAUCCUUCAGGAGAUCGCUCUGAGGUGUGGCGUCUUCCAUGUGGAAGGUUUGGACCUCAGCCCCAAAGAGAUCAUCGAGCGUGUGACUCGGGGCGAGCAGCCCCCCUUCCGGCCCUCCGUGGCCCUGCAGAGUCACCUGGAGGAGCUGGACCACCUGAUGCAGUGGUGCUGGGCUGAGGACCCGCAGGAGCGGCCGCCCUUCCAGCAGAUCCGCCUGAUGCUGCGCAAGUUUAACAGGGAGAACAGCAGCAACAUCCUGGACAACCUGCUGUCGCGCAUGGAGCAGUAUGCCAACAACCUAGAGGAGCUGGUGGAGGAGCGCACGCAGGCCUACCUGGAGGAGAAGCGCAAGGCGGAGGCCCUGCUCUACCAGAUUCUGCCUCAUUCAGUGGCUGAGCAGCUGAAGCGCGGGGAGACAGUCCAGGCCGAAGCCUUUGACAGCGUCACUAUCUACUUCAGUGACAUUGUGGGGUUCACAGCCCUGUCUGCGGAGAGCACGCCCAUGCAGGUGGUGACCCUCCUCAAUGAUCUGUACACUUGCUUUGAUGCUGUUAUAGACAACUUCGACGUGUACAAGGUGGAGACGAUCGGCGACGCCUACAUGGUGGUGUCGGGGCUCCCGGUGCGGAACGGGCGGCUGCACGCCCGCGAGGUGGCCCGCAUGGCCCUGGCGCUGCUGGACGCCGUGCGCUCCUUCCACAUCCGCCACCGGCCACAGGAGCAGCUGCGCCUGCGCAUUGGCAUCCACACAGGACCCGUGUGUGCCGGCGUGGUAGGGCUGAAGAUGCCCCGUUACUGUCUCUUUGGGGACACAGUCAACACCGCCUCAAGAAUGGAGUCCAAUGGGGAAGCCCUGAAGAUCCACUUGUCUUCUGAGACCAGGGCUGUUCUGGAAGAGUUUGGUGGAUUCGAGCUGGAGCUUCGAGGGGAUGUAGAAAUGAAGGGCAAAGGCAGAGUUCGCACCUACUGGCUCCUGGGGGAGCGGGGCAGCAGUACCCGAGGCUGAGCACCUCCCCUCCUGGCCUUCCACACCUCCCUCCAGUUUGCCUGAGGUGACAGAGAGGUGUCAGGCCUCCGCCUCACCCACAGCAGUCCCCAUCCCCGCCUCCAUUGCCAAAGGAUCGUCGGGGAAGUGGUUUGAAUAGGUCAGGUGUGCUGACCUCAGUGGGCGCACCACCUAUUACCUCUGAAAGAGGACUGGUGUGGGGGAGAUGAGGCACCCAGGACCCGACCAAAGCACACGGUCACGUCCAGGGGCACAGGCGUAGGCGCACGAACCCGCUGUCCACCCUGACUCAGGCCAGGCUGCGGUGUGGAGGCCUGGGCCCUCCUGCCUCAGCCUUGCUACACUGUGACUUUUAUGGGGAGGGGGACAAGCCACCUUAGGGGGAUAGGAAAAGGGAGUAGAGGUGAACCUAGGGCGUGGGGGAGUCCACACCUGGUCUGGCUCACAUGGGCACAAACACCCCCCCUGUCUCCCACCACUCAACACUGGAUACAGUGCACGGGGAGAGGGGUGGCACUGCAGGCCUGUAUAUGCCUUGCUUCUCCCGUCAGCAGGCCUGUAUAUGCCUUGCUUCUCCCGUGAGCAGAGACCAUUAAAAUCUUGAUUCCAGUGCGAGUCUCUUCUUGAGGGGGAGAGGGUUGCUGGGAGACACAGCCAUGUUCUCCAUCCUUUAUGUCAGAUAAGACGGUUUCUCAAGCCGGGAAAGCGGUCCCUGAAAAGGCUGCAAUUCUCUUUCAACACGGAGGACCCAGUGUCACAGCCUAGGAAUCACCCCAGCAGGGCCGGCACUUUUGGGCUAAGGACCCAUUUACACCCUUAAGAGUUACAGAGGGCCCCAAAGAGCUCUGGUUCAUGUGGGUUAUAUCUAUCGAUAUAUAUACCACAUUACAAAUUCAAACAAGCCCUAUUCACUCAUUUAAAGUAACUAUAAUAAACCUAGCACAUGUUAGUAA